AUGUAUUUUACUAGCGGAUCAGAGGUGUUUCCGACCAGAGCCAUCUCGCUGGUCCUCGCCCUUCUCUCUCUCAUUGUCGUCUAUCACACCACUGCCGUCUGGCAAGAACUGCACAACCCGCAUGUAUCCAAGAAACUCGACACCAACAGCAGCGAAUACGCAGUUCGGGUACACGGCUACCUAAACCAUGUUAUCACAACUUAUGGACUGACGAGAGAAGUCAACUGGACAUCAUGGCAUAUCCAGCCGGUGCAGGGCUCCAAAGAGAGACCAGGUCUGACGAGAAUCCCAGUUCCCUUCCAGCACCGCUCUGGCUUCCAACAGAUUGACUUACGACAAGCUACCGCCGAAAUCUCCAACGUCGAUUCCAUGCUACGACUUCCUAUUUCAUCCCAUCUUGAUCUUCCCCAGGAAUCAGACGCUUCUCAAUUCCUCUUUGCCAUCUCGAGUAGCUACGAUCGCCUUAUGAACAACGACAUGGCCAUUAUCCGAGGCUGGCAGCGCUGGAUGACCAAGGUGAAGACGACCAAGACAAAUGGCGCCAAUCUUCUUAUUCUUCUCGACCGCGCCACCAACGAGGAAGUCGAAGAGCUCGACGACCUGAUUCACCAGGCCGGCAUCGAGGCUCUCAUUUACACAACUGACCAACGCCUGUCGAUGGCCACAAGAUAUCUUGCUCUGGUCGAAGAACUACGCACCUUUGGUGGUGUUCUUGCAGCUACCAGACAAGACAAGCUGUGGUUUUCGCUCUUGGAAGACUCCAUGUUCAUCCCCAGCAUCAGCUACUUGACCGAGCGCCUCAGCCAGUACGAUACUAGCGAUGAUGUCUACGUUGGCCUCCCUAGUGACGAACAGGACUGGCUGCAAGGACAAGAUGGCAUGACUACUACAUAUGGUGGAGGAGCCGUGUUUCUCACUCGUAGCGCCUUGACCCGCGUCCUGUCUGCUCCCUGUGCCGAUCUCGAAGUUUCGACAGAACCUCCAUUCCAAGCUAAGAAGUGGGAUGCUUUGCUACAGCAGUGCAUGACCGAGUACGCCGACAUGGAGAUGCAUGUUCUCCCAGCCAUUUACAUGCCGGAUAACAGCGAUGUUGCACGUAUCGAGGCGCCUCCUUUGGUAUCCCGCAUUGACGACAAGACCAGCGUCGUGCAGUCGCACCUCGUCACUGAGGCAUGCGGAGAACGCUGCUUCUUACAAAAGUUUGCCUUUUCUGAUAACUGGGUUCUUGAAAACGGUCGUGAAAUCAGCUACUACAACCAGCCCAUCAGAGUAAACAAAAACGAUGUCGCAAAGCCGCAGACCAACCACCUUGCCAGCCAAAUCAUCCUCGACAAGGGAGGCUUAAAACGCCGAAACGCGCAGCUCGAUGGCAAGCGAGAAGUCUGGAAGCUGAUGGAUGCUCUUCGCGACGACGACGGCUCUGUGUGGCAGGCGUACGUUAAGAGAGGACAAGCAGCAGAAACCAACGACGGCGUCAACGCUACAUCAGGAGACUCUGUCAUUGUCUUGACCUGGGAAGCAGCAAGAGUUGAUGUCGAGGUUGAGAUUAAGCGACGCUAA